AUGAUGCCUCAAAGCAACCUCUCCCUUGAUGCCGAACAGGCGAUCUUCGACAAAGAUGUCGCCGACAUCAAAGCAUGGUGGGAUUCCAGCGUGAAACAGCGACAGCUGAAGCGACCGUAUCCAGCAGAGCGGAUUGCCGCCCUUCGCAGCUCCAUCAAGCAGCAUUAUCCUUCAAGCGAUAUGGCUUUGAAGCUGUGGGAACAAAUGAACGAGCAUAAUGAAAGUGGCACCUGUGAUCUGACGUUCGGAUGCACUGACCCACUUCAAGCUGGUGUCAUGGCGAAGUAUCAGCAGACAGUAUAUGUGUCGGGUGCAUUGUGCGGCUAUUCUCGAGUGAGCCAACCAGGAAUGGAUCAUGCGGAUUAUCCUUGGGACACGGUUCCUGAGACUGUGAACAAGAUCUUCCGCUCGCAGCAAUGGCAAGACCAACGCCAGCGCCAAUUCCGUUUCCUGUAUCCCAAAGAAGAAAGGGAAACUCUUGAUAACUGGGAUUUCCUUACGCCGAUUGUCGCAGAUGGAGACAUGGGCUUCGGCGGUAUCACGCAUACCAUGAAGCUGACGCGUGCUUUCGUCGAAGCAGGCGUGGCAAUGUUUCACUUGGAUGACCUGGCCAUCGGAGCUAAGAAAUUCACCACGGGUGAAGGCCGAACCGUCGUUCCGACCAGCGAGUACCUCUCUCGACUGACCGCUGCUCGGAUGCAGAUCGACAUUAUGGGUGCUGAAACUAUCCUGAUGUGUCGAUGUGAUACCGACCAUUCCAGCUAUAUCAGCUCUGUAAUUGACACGCGAGAUCAUGCCUGGGUCUUGGGUGCUACGAAAGAUGUUGAGCCACUAGCAAAGGUGCUUUCGACCGCCUUGCUCAACGGAGAGGAUGUUCUGUCCGCACAGAAGGCGUGGCUUGUUUUAGCCGACUUGAAGACAUUUGAUGAUGCCGUGUCAGCUAUCGCCAAGUCCUCGCCAGGCAGCUUACAAGCAUACAAAGCGGCGAUUGCUGAAGUCACCACCCAGAUUUCUACGCCGUCUCUUCAUGAAAGGCGGGCUAUUGCUGCAAAGCAUAUUCCGCAACCUCUCAUGGCUAGUUUGUUCUUCGAUUGGGAUCUUCCUCGCACGCCUGAGGGGUCCUAUCGAUGGGCACCGGAUGUAGAAGCCGUUGUAAGCCGUGCAUUACUCGCAGCAGGCCUUGGGGAGAUAACCUGGUCUCGCAUGGACUAUCCCGUCAAGUCCGAUAUCGAGGCCUUUCACUUGGCAGUCCGGAAGGUCCAUCACGACCGAAAGUUUGGAUUCGGAUACACGGGCGGCUAUGACUGGUUGAAGGCUGGAUGGACUGCAGAGGAAGUCAAAGAGUUCCCAUGGGAGAGCGCGAAGAAGUACGGUGUCGUAUGGCAUGUCCAGCCCAUCUGGGCUCUCCAGGGCCAGAGACGUGCUGUCGAAGAGUUCAGCCGACUUUGGCAGAAAGGUGGAAUCGCAGCAUAUAUGAACAAGGUUCAAGGACAGGAAUUGGGUGAAAGGUAUCCUGGCCUUGAAAGCCGAGAAUAUGCUGCGGAUGGGAUCACGAACCCCGAGGAUGGUUAUGCAAGAUUCAAGUUUAGUGGUGCCUAUUUGGCUGACGCCCUUCUAGAGACGGCAACUAUGGGGGUUAACGGUGUUGAUAAGGAGCUUGUCAUGGGCCAAGGCGUGGUAAAGGGCCCCAGGGCAAAUCGGUUUGGGUGA